AUGAGUGAUAGUAAGGAUAAAAUAUGUUUAAAGGCAAUUGCACCUCGCCUCCUUGAAUUGAUGCGAAGUAUGAAGUCAACUACAUCAGAAACUAUAGCUACAAUGCUAAUUAAUCUGUUGGCUGUGGAAGCUGCUGGUUCCUUUAGUCAAGAAACAGUAAGAAGAAGGAUUUAUGAUGUUAUUAAUGUUCUAUCAGCUACAGGUGUUAUAGAAAAGGAUGGGAAAAAGCUUACAUGGAGAGGAUUAAAUAAUCCAAAUGCUCCAAGUCAAGAUCCUUCUCAAAAUGUACCACCAUCACUUCUAAUGAAAGAAAGAAACCUUCACGAUAAAUUACGAUUGCUUGCUGCUUAUAAAGCUUUGAUUCGAAAGAAUUUCCCUCAGGUUAGACCUAGUAAUGGAUUACCUGCGAGAGUCAUCAUAUUUGGAACUACUUGCAGAGAGAUUCAAGCUUCAAAAGAAGAAGAUCACGAAAUUAAAAUUGAGAUGGCUCAUAAACCAUCUUGCUACUUCUCGCCCGCUGAUAUCAUUGCAAGAAUACCAUUUUCAUAUGAAGAAAUUCAAUCAGUUUUCGAAGCAAAUGCAUAUUUCAAAAAAUACGCAAAAGAAGUACUUGCUGAAAUGUAUGGUAUACCAGAAUAA